GUUAGUUAUGGAAACAGUUGUUUAGGCAACAUAGACUUGGCUCAUAUAUAUAGAACCAUAUAUAAUACUAAUAGUAUAGACUUGAAAGUAAAAACAAUCUGCCAUCCAUUAUAUGCGUUGUGUAGACUAGUUUGAAAGUUGAUAAACCCUCUCAAGUUAAGAAAAAUGUCUAAGAAACGGGACAGUGCAAGUUUCCUUGAUGAAGAGGCGAAGAAGAUGAAGCUUGAUAUAUAUUCAUCAAGCGGGUUGGCCUCUGAUGUUAAACAAGAAGAAGAUGGCUCAGAAGGUGUUAUUGAUCCACCGGCAAGUGCAGUAGUUGAUAAUCAAGGCAGCUUGAGCCCAUUAAUGGAGAAUAAGCCCAGAAACCAGGAUGAUAAGGAUUUUUCAUCUGGGUCGGUUCCAGCAAGCACUCAUGAUCAUGAUUCCGAAACUAAGAAGACGGGAAGUUCAUCUUCCUCGUUAACGGAAUCAGCAAGUUGCAGCAGCAUAAAUGAGAGAACCCUCGUCUACAAGAAGAGCUUAACCCGUGAUGAUGUCUUCUACUGCAGGCUCAUGAUUCCACUGGAACUUGGUAAAGAAUUUCUCCCUGAACCUGAGAGAUAUAAAGGAAGAUAUGACAUGACAGAAAUAUCAGUGAUGGACCAUAAGAGACGGAUCUGGGAGAUGGAGGCUUCAUUUGAUGAGCUGAGCAGCUCCUACAUGUUUUUUUUGAACUGGGACAAAUAUGUGAAAAAAUAUGGAUUGGAGCCCGAGGAUGUGAUUUUCUUAUAUGAGGAUCCCACUAUUGACGACUACUUCUUGAUUGAAUAUGAGAAAAGGAAGCGUGACAGCAACCCCAAAGAGACAACUUGAGGCCGUAUAACAAGAGAAAGCCUUUUUUGGUGGGUGAAUGCAUUCAGAAUCUAGCUAGGUAAUUAAUAUUGUUUCUUCUUAUCUUCAUCAAAUUCAACAAAGGAGACUCAGUUUUAAUUAGCUCUUUACAUGCAUGUAGAAUCUCGCUUUCCAUAUGUAUCUUCUUCAUUCAUAGAACAUACGAUGGAGAUCAGAUUUGCAGUUUGAAAAUGUCUUAGGUUGUGAUGAUAGAAAAGUACUGAUAGCUAGAAGAAGGAAAAGCCCAUAUCAAAAUCUGAAUUAUUCUGUAUUUUUCUUGAUUCUGAAGGUUGUUGAAAGAGGCUUAUACUGAUUAAGUGAUCCUUACUCUUAAAAAAGGGGUUGUGGAAAGGCUAGAGAGGAAGGUUUGAACAUGAGAAGAGAUAAGAGAGUAAGGUAGAUGAUCAAAAUCAGGACAAAAUUAAAAAUAGAGGAAGAUAAGAGCUUAUAGGUAACGACCUAAUUAAAGGAGACCCCAUGUCAUCUCCCCUUACCUCAAGCUCUAUAUCUAGCUAUCCUAAAGAGAAGAAAGAUCUUAAUUAGAAGCCUUUUUAAGAAAGGCAAUUGAGGUGAAUGUUCCUUUUGCUGGAUGCUCCAUGUCAACUUAGAAUAAAUAUUUCAAAGCCAUGUGUGUAUGAACCCAAAAUGAAGGGUUGUCAUGCUACACUUCAC